UGAAGCUACACGACGGAGUGAUUUCGCUGCACUGUCAUGGUACUCCUGCAGAGCAUCAGCAAUGACUGGACUGAAAUAUCCCACCUUCGUCGCGGUCUGCGAAUAACAUAUUUCCACAUCUCUCGAUUCAGCCGUUUGCACUGUACCAAAAACAAUAUUGUGGUUUGAAGAUAAACAGGGAUGCGACUCUAAUUUUCUCGAUCAGAAGGCGGAUUAAACAGCGAGUGGAUCAGCAGUAUGAAAGCCAACAACACGUUUACCCAGGGCCAAUUAAAGUUGUGAUGAGGCAGUUUAUCGAUUAUGCAGGUUUCAACAACAAAGGCCGGAAGGUUUCUGCAUUGCUCGUAUUGACCGUGGUGGAGCGUUUGCUGCUUGUAGAGGCUAUGAUUUCGGAAACGAGACAGGACAUACAAGCCAAAAUAAUGCUGGAAAGCCAGGGUAGGCCAAUAUUUCCAGUGACUGUAUCGACGAGGGAUGAACUUUAUGCAAUGAUGAUGCAGACGCUCUGUUCGCCGCAAGAUGCAGCUGACCCUGUGAUACAGGACGAGCAGCAAGCUAGGAAGCAGGUUUACUCCAUGGUAGCUCGAUACAUGCAGUGUUUGCGAUUUUGUUGCAUUCGAGUUCGUCGGGGAAGAUUAUCCUGUUUGCAAGCAAGACGGUUUUUGGAACACGUGAAGAAACUAUUCCAGAAAAAUUGCUGAGAUUGUUAAAAUAAAUCCUUUGUUUGAAUUCG